AUGUCAUCUGACUGCGACACUCAUACCAAUGACUCUCAUCCUUCUGACUUCAAUGAUGGGGCUGAUGCAAUCUUAGCGUACGCUAACUUCAAGUUUGAGGGCUCCAGGAGGUCUACUCCAGAAAGUCAUUUUGGAUGCCCUGGGUCUGCCCAUGGCCAAGGCGCCCCCGUAUAUUCCUGUGGAUGCUAUAAAUAUAAUAUACUUGAAAGGUUCAAACCUUCACCUUCACCUCCUGACAAUGAGCAGGCAUUUCAGCUUGCAGAUGAGUUUGGAGCGGAACAACCAAAGCCACAGUUGGAAGUUCAAGAUGGCGAUCACUAUAAUGGUGACGCACGUCAUUCAAAGCGAAAGAGGUCUGACGAUCAUGAUGAUGUUAUUCCACGUAACUUUGGCCAGGACGUGAGGGCAACAUCAGUACCUGUUGUUGAGCUUCAGCCACCUGUGAAACACAGGAAGAUAGAAAGAAAAUUCGAGUUGUUUGAAGGGGAAUCGGCACUAGCCAAGGUCAUGCAGGAAGUUGUGGAAGUGCGUGAGGUUGUGAGUAGGAUUGAAGCGGUCAUCGACAGGCAAAACACAGUUCUUCUUGAAAUCUGUAACGCUAUCGAAAACCAUGGGAUGUGA